AUGGCUGGCCCGACUUCGCCGAGCAACGAGGGCCCCUCGUUUGCCCCGCCUCAGCUCCCGCCCGGCUGGAUUGCGCAAUGGGACGGCGCCAGCAAAAAGUACUACUACGUGCAACUCGCCACGGGCGUGUCGCAAUGGGAGAUUCCCACGCAGGCCGCCAACACCGGCACCACUCCUCGACAGGCUGUCGACCAUCCCUACGGCACUCCGCCUCCCGAGCUCAUCACUCAUCCCGAUGGAUCGCAGACGGUCAAGCAUCCCGACGGCACAAUGGAGCCGAUAAUGGCGGACGGGACCAGAGGCGUGGACGGCCCAGCCGGCGAUCGCGGUCUUGGUACUAUGGCUAUGAAUGCUCUCCUCGGCGGUAAGAAGCAAUCAUCGGGCGGCAGCGGCAUAGGAGGGCUGGCGAGCCAGUUCCUCGGCGGCGGCGGCGGCGCCGGUCACAGCAGUGGAAGCAGCGGCAUAGCCGGGAAGCUGGCCGGGCAGCUCGCGUCAAACUUGUUCUCGCCGUCAGAAAAACCGGCGCCCCCGCAGAACUACCACGGCGGGCAGAAUUCCAACAAGCCCAGCCACCAGGGUGGUCUUGCCGGCGCCGUCUUUGGCGGCGUAGCUCACAUGUUUGGCGGCAAGGAGUCCUCAGGCAAUUACGGAUAUUCCAACACCGGGCCUGGAACAUAUGCCGGUGGCGACGCGCCUACCUACCAUCCUCCGGGGAGCACACAUUCCUCAUCGACUCACAAGCCCCCGUCCAACGCAUAUUCGACGCCGAGUCAACAACAACAACAACAACAACACAGCCAGGGCCAGCAGUCACAGAGCCAUCAACCUCACGGGUCGCAGUCGUAUCCUCCGCCGCCUCCUCCUCCUCAGGGCCACUCGCCAAACCAUCAAUCGAAUUACCAGAGCCAAGCGCCUCCCCACGACACCUAUCAAGGUGCGUCACUCCACGGCCAGCAGCAGCAGCAUAACCAGCCCCCCUACGGCCAAAACUAUGGGGGUCCGCACGGCAGCCCAGGGGGAUAUUCUGGCGGGCAACCUGGCUAUGGUGGUCAGCAGAAUCAAGGAUAUGGUCAACCUCCCCUCCACGGUGGCGGCUACAACCAGCACUAUUCCGGUGGCAACCGGCCCUACCAGGGGCAUCAGCCGCAUCAGAGCGGUCGUUAUUGA